CAGAGAUGGGCUCUCCAUAAUGCUUCAAUUAUGAAGGAAGAAGGGAAGCUGAAUUGUUUUUUUGCAAUGGAGAAGACAGAGGGAGAAACACCAGCACUGUGGCUCCCACCUUGUUGCUUAUCUCCCUGCCAACAUGUGCCCCAAAUCCUCUCUGUGCUGUAUUAAGGAAAGAAAAAGCUUUGACAUCUGCUUUGUUACAUCAUCUUUUCCAAUUUUGCACCCGAUAACCCCCUGGUGAAAAGAGGAACAAUGACUUCAUAUAGCUGCUGCUUGAUUCUUUUGCUGUUUACCUGGAGCACUGCUGCCUAUGGGCCAAACCAACGGGCACAGAAGAAGGGAGACAUUAUUCUUGGAGGAUUGUUCCCCAUUCAUUUUGGAGUGGCUGCUAAGGACCAAGAUCUAAAAUCAAGGCCAGAAUCAGUGGAGUGUAUAAGGUAUAAUUUCCGAGGCUUCCGCUGGCUCCAGGCUAUGAUCUUUGCCAUAGAAGAAAUAAACAGUAGCCCAACUCUCCUUCCCAACAUGACCCUGGGAUACAGGAUAUUUGACACUUGCAAUACAGUCUCGAAAGCCCUGGAGGCCACACUGAGUUUUGUGGCCCAGAACAAGAUAGACUCCUUGAACCUGGAUGAAUUCUGUAACUGCUCAGAACAUAUCCCUUCCACCAUUGCAGUCGUGGGAGCAACUGGCUCUGGCAUUUCCACUGCCGUGGCCAAUCUGCUGGGACUAUUUUACAUACCUCAGGUCAGCUAUGCCUCAUCCAGUCGUCUCCUGAGCAACAAGAACCAGUUCAAGUCCUUCCUGCGCACAAUCCCCAACGAUGAGCAUCAGGCUACCGCCAUGGCAGACAUCAUCGAGUACUUUCGCUGGAACUGGGUGGGAACAAUCGCAGCUGAUGAUGACUAUGGCCGGCCAGGGAUUGAAAAAUUUCGGGAAGAGGCGGAGGAGAGAGAUAUCUGCAUUGAUUUUAGCGAGCUCAUCUCCCAGUACUCAGACGAAGAGGAGAUCCAGCAGGUGGUAGAGGUCAUCCAGAACUCCACAGCAAGAGUGAUUGUUGUUUUUUCCAGUGGCCCAGAUCUGGAGCCUCUCAUCAAAGAGAUUGUCAGGAGAAACAUCACUGGCAAGAUCUGGCUGGCAAGCGAGGCCUGGGCCAGCUCUUCCCUAAUAGCCAUGCCGGAGUUCUUCCGUGUCAUCGGCAGCACCAUCGGGUUUGCACUGAAGGCGGGACAGAUCCCAGGAUUUCGUGAGUUCCUGCAGAAGGUGCAUCCCAAGUCCACCAACAACGGCUUUGCCAAGGAGUUUUGGGAGGAGACAUUUAACUGCUAUCUCCCUGAUGGAUCCAAAAAUUCUCCUGCUUCAACUUCCUUCCACAAGGGCCAUGAAGAGGGGCUGGGAGCUGGAAAUGGAACGUCUGCCUUCCGACCUCCGUGCACAGGGGAUGAGAACAUCACCAGUGUGGAGACACCAUACAUGGACUACACACACUUGCGGAUAUCCUAUAACGUGUACUUGGCGGUGUAUUCCAUUGCCCAUGCCUUGCAGGAUAUUUAUACCUGUACCCCUGGGAAGGGACUCUUCACCAACGGGUCCUGUGCAGACAUAAAGAAGGUGGAGGCAUGGCAGGUUCUCAAGCAUCUGCGACACUUAAAUUUCACCAAUAACAUGGGGGAGCAGGUGGAUUUUGAUGAGUUUGGGGACCUGGUAGGAAAUUACUCAAUAAUCAAUUGGCAUCUCUCUCCGGAGGAUGGCUCAGUCGUCUUUGAAGAGGUUGGGCACUACAACGUUUAUGCCAAGAAAGGGGAGAGGCUUUUUAUCAAUGAAAACAAGAUCCUGUGGGGUGGAUUCUCUAAGGAGGUGCCUUUCUCCAACUGCAGCAGGGACUGCCUGCCAGGCACGAGGAAGGGCAUCAUUGAGGGGGAGCCCACCUGCUGCUUCGAGUGCGUGGACUGCCCCGACGGGGAGUACAGUGACGAGACAGAUGCAAGUGCCUGUGACAAGUGCCCUGAGGAUUACUGGUCCAAUGAGAACCACACAUCCUGCAUUCCCAAGCAGAUAGAGUUUCUGGCCUGGACUGAGCCCUUUGGGAUUGCUCUGACUCUCUUUGCUGUGCUUGGAAUUUUCCUGACUUCUUUUGUUCUGGGAGUCUUCACCAAAUUUCGCAACACACCCAUCGUCAAGGCCACAAACCGGGAGCUAUCCUACCUCCUCCUCUUUUCCUUGCUGUGCUGCUUCUCCAGCUCAUUGUUCUUCAUUGGUGAGCCCCAGAAUUGGACUUGCCGUCUGCGGCAGCCAGCUUUUGGCAUCAGCUUUGUCCUCUGCAUCUCCUGCAUUCUGGUGAAAACCAACCGUGUCCUUCUUGUCUUCGAGGCAAAGAUCCCCACGAGUCUCCACCGAAAGUGGUGGGGCCUCAACCUUCAGUUCCUCCUGGUCUUCUUGUGCACGUUUGUACAGAUUGUCAUCUGUGUGAUUUGGCUCUAUACGGCCCCACCAUCCAGUUACCGAAACCAUGAACUGGAGGAUGAGAUCAUCUUCAUCACCUGCCAUGAAGGCUCCCUGAUGGCCCUUGGCUUCCUCAUUGGCUACACCUGCCUACUGGCGGCCAUCUGUUUCUUCUUCGCCUUCAAGUCUCGAAAGCUGCCUGAGAAUUUUAACGAGGCCAAGUUCAUCACCUUCAGCAUGCUGAUAUUCUUCAUUGUGUGGAUCUCCUUCAUCCCUGCUUACGCCAGCACGUACGGCAAGUUCGUGUCUGCUGUGGAAGUGAUUGCAAUACUGGCUGCCAGCUUUGGGCUUCUGGCCUGCAUCUUCUUCAACAAAGUCUACAUCAUCCUCUUCAAGCCCUCCCGCAACACAAUCGAGGAGGUGCGCUGCAGCACAGCUGCCCACGCUUUCAAAGUGGCUGCCAGAGCCACGCUGAGACGGAGCAACGUGUCCCGCAAGCGCUCCAACAGCCUGGGGGGCUCCACCGGCUCCACCCCUUCCUCCUCCAUCAGCAGCAAGAGCAACCACGAGGACCCUUUUCCUCUACCAGCCUGCGCCGAGCGGCAGCGCCAGCAGCAGCGCGGGUGCAAGCAGAAAGUCAGCUUUGGGAGUGGAACGGUGACCCUGUCGCUGAGCUUCGAGGAGCCGCAGAAGAACGCCAUGGCCAACAGGAACGCCAAGCGCCGCAACUCGCUGGAGGCCCAGAACAGUGACGACAGCCUGAUGCGGCACCGGGCCCUGCUUCCCCUGCAGAUCAAUGAGCCCCUCGGGGCUGAGCCCGGCUUCCAGGCAGCUUCCAGCCCGGAGACCAGCUCGCAGGAGUCGGUGGUGGAAGACAACAAAGAAGAGGGACCAAGCCCUGAGGUGGAGCCUUCCCUGCCAUCGGUUAACUCCCGAAAUUUUAUAGGCACUGGAGGUGGCUCUGUCACAGAGAACACGGUACAUUCCUAACGAAAGAAGAUUGCAAAAAGUACACCAGCCCCCAAGAGGAACUUGCUCACCUCUUGCUUCUGAACGGGAAAGGAAACAAAGACACACUGCUGUGACACAGCCCCACCACACCUUAAUGCUAGCGUCGGCAGGGUAGCACAUGUGCCUCCAGAGGAAGGACUGUGUCUGGGGAGCCUGGGAUUGAAUUUGCAUUUGCUUUAUUGAAACCAGGACAUCUCAGAAGGACAAAUGAAGAUCGCCUCUGGUGGGGCUUAAGCAGAAGUCUGCAUGCUGCCUUGCCUCCAUAAGCUUUUCCUGCCAGACUGCAACUCAGCUGACUAUGGGAGGCACUCGGCAAUUCCACUAUACCCUGCUUUUACAUUUAUGUAUAAUAUUCCUCUUUCCCACUAUGUAUGAUAUUCCCUCUUUAUGCAGUAUAUGUGAUCUGUAACCAUGUGCAUCAGGACUCUCAGCUCUACAAAAGCAAGGUACACGGUUUCACUUCAGGAAAGCACAGUCAUGGGGAAAAUAAAAAAGCCCCCCACAUCUGGCAUGCUGUGUACAGCCAAGGGUGUGAACAUGUAAAGUAUUUAAUGUGACAGAGCGCCCUGCUAAUUUAUAUUUAGUAAUGUCCCAGUCUCUCCUUUCUGCCCAACAGAAAAUACUGGACAAUACUCUCUGUAGACUCCAUUGCACUAGACCAAGCUACUUAGGUUCCUACUGGUUUCCUCCAGCUGGAAUAGCUUUACCUCCAGCCUGCCUGCUUUGGUGGAGGGGGAGAACAGCUUGUAAAUCCCUCGCAGAGAACGCUGCAAAAGCGCAAUGAGAUGUAUCCCUGAUUGAUUAUGUCGCUAGUAGUCGUAUGCUUAACCAAGUGUUGCUGCUGUACUAUCCCACAAGGCAUACAUGGCUAACCCUUCACACCAUAGUCAGUGUUGUGCUUUGCCGUAUUAACCUGCUCACACCUACACGGAGCAUUGCGACAGUCCUGGCGGUACUGGUGGGCCUGACACAGCAGAUGGAACAAGGAGAAAUGGAGGAGUUAGGGAUGAGGAGGAGCCCCCAGCUGUGGUAAUAGGAUCACCCGAGCAGGUGAAUAUCUGAAGUGUGAGUGCUGGUAGAUGACUGGAUGAGACAGACAUUCAGGCCUAGGUUCUUGGACACAUAUAGGGACAAAUGGAUGAGCUGGAUACAGUUUUGCUCCUAAAAGCCGCCUACUAGGUUAUUUCCCAUUUUGAAGAGAGGGCACCUAGCACAAGAAUGGUGGACUGUGCCUAAAGAAUAACACUAAGGACGUCAGCAGAGAGCAUAGCAGAACUUGAUUACUCUUGUCCCACUCUUCCUAAAGCAGACAUAAGUGCUUCUGGUUAUUUCAAGGCAUGCCUCGUUCUUUUUGAUUCAUGCUGGAAAAGUUGAAAAGAAUCAUUAGCAGAGAGAUUUGUUGCAGCCUGAUGAGAGAAAAAAUACCCCUGGACAGCCUGGUGGGAGGGGCUAAGGUUACAUUGCAGAAUUUAAUUCCCUCUUCACAGAUUCCCCGUGGAAGAACAAGCAUCUGUUAGGAAGAUGUCAGUGCCCUCCCUCAUAAGGCAUGAAGGUAGUCUAGACCUCUUCUAGAAAGGUAGAUGGGCCUGCAGCUCAGUGUGAGCAGAGACAAAAGGACUGUGUUCGAAUGCAUUGGGGGAAACACCACAAUUCUCUUGUUACUGUUUUUGCUUGGUUGUUCUUCUGCCAGGGCAGGCAAAUAAAACUUACAGGUGACAUUACUGUAUAAAAACUUUGUUUUGCCACCUCCACUUGUUGACAAGGAAGAGGAGUCUUGAGUUACAGGAGCAAAGUGGAAGUCCAGAACCCCAAGAAGCAGGCUAUUCAGACCAGUUGCUUUAACCCUUUUGUUGAUCUGUUGCAUCCCCAUUGGAGUGGGCUCAAACUUUAACUACACCACAUAAGAACCAACCCAACUAUAAUUGUAAGGCUUGCAAAACACAAAAUCUUCUAGCCCAAAUUUUGGAAACCACAUUCUACCCCUGGACCCAGCCAAGAGCUGCUUACUGCUUCUGAAACCUAGGUCCCUUCCCCAGGCUGCUGACUGUGGCCUAUGGGCUCAGUUUAGGCUACGGAAUUGAGCCCUGGGUGUAACUGCACGAACAGGGAUGAGCACUAGAUGGCAGAGAGGGUGAAAAGAGCCGUUUUGAUUAUGGCCUACACCUCCAAAAAUUCCAAUAUCCGAGUGGUUUUAGUGCUAAGUGAAUCAUUCCUACCGGAGCAAACCCAGCUCAGCAGCCCCUGAAGUGAAGCUGACAGCACUGAAACGUGUAAGAGUUCAAUGAGUGAAAUGAAAACAACACAAUUUACAAACCAAAGACUGUGUAAGAACACAGGCAAUGUAAGAAACAGAAAGUCACCAUCAGCUGCCUUGUCUGGAGAGCAAUAUUCACUAGCUAUGUAGACAGUAGAUGAUACUGACACAUUUGGGUGCUUUUCAUUCCUUGGGUGUUUUCCAUUCUUUACAUUUACUUAAAAAGAAUUUAUACCCUGGCACACAA